AUGGCGCCCCAAGGUAUCAAAGUUGUGUUCGGCACCGCAGCAGUUGGCAAUCGUGAACCGUGGAUUGCUGAAGACUAUCUCAACAAGUCAUUCUCUACUCUCUUGGCCCAUGGCUGCACUGUCCUUGACACUGCUCAGCUAUAUGGCGAAUCAGAGAAACGUCUCGGCGAGGUCAAGGCAGGAGAGAAAUUUACCAUCGAUACCAAGUGGCAGGGAGGAUGGCAGACGGGCUGGGCGACCAAGGAAAACAUCGUCAACUCGGCUAAGCAGAGCAUAGAGAAAUUGGGUGUCAAGCAGGUCGACAUCUUCUACAUCCACAGCCCCGACGCCGCCGUGCCUCUUGAGGAAACUCUUGCGGGCGUCAACGAGGUCUACAAGACUGGGGUGUUCAAGCGAUUUGGCCUGUCCAACUACUCUGCAGCUGAUGUCCAAAAGGUCUACGACAUCUCCAAAGCCAAUGGCUAUGUCCUUCCCACCGUUUACCAGGGUAACUACUCUCCGGUGGCUCGUCGACAGGAGACUGAGCUCUUCCCCACGCUGCGGAAAUUGGGCAUCGCAUUCUACGCAUAUUCACCGUUGGCCGGAGGAUUUCUUACCAAAACUGCCCAGCAGAUCAAAGAUGGCGUGGGCCGUUUUGCCGAAGAGGCUCUCGGGGGCAUGUACCGACAGAUGUACAUGAAGCCAUCCUAUCUCGAGGCUCUUUCCAAGUGGGAACAGAUCGCCAAUGACGAAGGUUGUUCGCGAGCUGAGCUUGCCUAUCGCUGGGUCACUUACAACAGCCCGUUGAAGCCAGAACAUGGGGAUGCCAUUAUCGUGGGCGCGAGUUCAGUUGAGCAGCUUGACCAAACGUUGACAGGGCUUGAAAAGGGGCCUCUGAGCAGCAAGGCUACUGAAGGAAUUGACAAGGUUUGGGAGGAGAUCAAGCAUGAGGCGCCUUUGGACAACUUCACUCGCUGA